GACGGAAUCUCAAGCUCUGAAAAAAGCAGCUCCACGAGUCUGCGCUUGAGCCUCAUUCACUUUGCCAUUUCCACAAUGGCUCCUAUCAAGCGCAAGGGCAAUGUGGCUGAGGAGGCGACUGCUCGUCAGCCCCAGAAACGUGUGCGUGUCGGAGAGGAAGACCGCCAAAACGAAAAGAAAUCAAAAUCAGAUGCCUCUGCGGAGAAGUCGACUGCCGCUCCCAAAGCCUCUGAGCUCACAGUGCUGCGCGAUGAUGAGCCCUCUUUCCCUCGUGGUGGAGGGAGCGUGUUGACGCCGCUGGAGCGGAAACAGAUCCAGAUUCAAGCAACAAAGGAUGUACUAUUCGAACAAAAAGGCCCGAAGGGCUCUUCCGCCAAUGUGGAAGCAGAUGACGACGAGGAUGAAGAGAUGGACGACGCCGAUGAUACCACUGCGAAGAAAUCUCGGAAGCGGAAAACGAAGGGCCAGAAGCGCGCGGAGAAGGAUCACCAGGAGGAGCAAACGGUGCGGAUCGAAGGUCUCAACUUCAAGCGGCUUGUUCCGGGAUCCAUGGUACUAGGUCAGGUUGCAAGCAUCAAUGCUCACGAUAUCGGUCUUUCCUUGCCCAAUAACCUCACGGGCUACGUCCCUUUGACCGCCGUCUCGCGAAAGCUCGAGGAGAAGGUUGAGGCACUCUUGAAAGAGGAGGACAGCGACGAGGAGGAUGAGGACGAUGACGAAGAUUCCUUGGACCUACACAAGUACUUCUAUCUCGGCCAGUACUUGCGUGCAUACGUCGUCUCGGUUGGGAAUAAGGACGCCUCUAGCUCCAAGGGCAAGAAGCGCAUCGAGCUUACGGUGGACCCAAGGAAAGCUAACCACGGCCUUCUCAAGUCGGAUCUGGUCACAAAUUCAGCUGUCCAGGCGUCCGUUGUGAGUGUCGAAGAUCACGGCCUGGUCAUGGACCUGGGCAUUGAAGGCGCCGACAUCAAGGGCUUCGUUUCCUCCAAGGAAAUCGAUCCUAAGACCGACUAUUCCAGCAUCAAAGAAGGCGCCGUAUUCCUGUGCAUGAUCACUGGACAGAACACCAGUGGCAGUGUGGUCAAGCUGUCCGCCAACCUUCAGUCCUCCGGUUCUAUCAAGAAGUCGCACUAUCUCGAGUCAGCCCCGACUAUCAACUCUUUCAUCCCGGGUACCGCCGCUGAAAUUCUCCUGACGGAGGUCACCCCGAACGGAUUGAUCGGAAAGAUCAUGGGCAUGCUGGAUACCACAGUCGACCUUGUGCAAUCUGGCGGUAAUUCCAAAAAGGACGAUCUCACCACGAAGUUCAAGAUUGGCGCCAAGAUCAAGGGUCGUCUCGUCUGCACCUUUCCCUCUUCCGAGCCCUACAAGGUGGGCUUUUCCAUCCUCGACCACGUCCUCAAAUUUUCCUCGGAACGUUCGGGCCCUGGCUCUUCCGACGAUGCACCAGCCAUCUCCGCAGUGGUGCCAGAGGCCAAUAUCAUCAAGGUCGACCCGGGCCUGGGCGUCUACGUCCAGAUUGGAUCGACAAAGCAUAUUGGAUUUGUCCAUGUGUCCAGAUUAGCCGAUGGGAACGUUGAAAACAUCUCGCCUGACCAUGGACCUUUCCAACUUGAUACUACCCAUGAGGCGAGGGUCGUCGGCUACAGCACGCUUGAUAACCUGUAUCUGCUUUCGUUUGAGAGGAAGAUCAUCGAUCAGCCUUUCCUCCGUAUCGAGGAUGUGACCGUCGGCGCUGUGGUCAAAGGAACGGUUGAGAAGCUCCUGAUCGGUUCUACUGGUGUUGAUGGUCUCAUUGUCUCAUUGGCGGACGGUAUCACCGGUCUCGUUCCGUCGAUGCACUUUGCGGAUGCACCUCUCCAAUUCCCUGAGAAGAAAUUCCGCGAGGGCAUGACUGUUUCCGUCAGAAUCUUGUCGGUCAAUCUCGAGAAGCGUCAAAUCCGGCUGACCCUGAAGAAGAGUCUGCUGAACAGUGAAUCUGCUAUCUGGAAGAACUACGACGACAUUGUGCCUGGGUCGUUGUCCCCUGGUACCAUCGUCAACCUCCAGCCUCACGGUGCCGUGGUGCAGUUCUACGGUUCCGUUCGGGGCUUCCUUCCUGUGUCGGAGAUGAGUGAGGCCUUCAUCAAGGAUCCUUCGCAACACUUCAGACUCGGCCAGGUGGUUAGUGUCCAUGCUCUGAGUGUGGACCCAGUCGUUGGAAAGUUGGCAGUGUCUUGCAAGGAUCCUUCCACCUUCACCGAAAGCUACAAGAAAGCUUUCGAACAGAUCCAUCCUAAACUGCUCGUCACGGGCACGGUCUUUGAGAAGUCAAGCGAUGACUUGCUUCUCAAGCUGGACGACUUUGGACUUGUCGGUCGGUUGAAUCUCGAGCAUGUCGCCGACGGUUCUCUCAACAAACAGGUCUCGACUCUCUCCAAGAUUCGGGUUGGCCAAAAGCUCAAUGAUCUCCUUGUCCUCGAUAUCCAGCGCUCUCGUCGGCUCAUCAAGGUCUCGGCGAGGGCUAGUCUGAAGAAGGCUGCCAAGCAGGGCCACCUACCAGAGGCGUUCGAGGAUUUCCAGGAGGGCGCUCAGGUCACCGGUUUCGUCCGUAACAUCACUCCUGAUGGCGUGUUUGUUGAGUUCCUGGGCGGCGUCAUCGGCUUGGUUCCCAAGCGAUUGGUCGGUGCUGAGAAUACCAACAAGCCAGGAUUCGGCCUUGAAAAAUCUCAGACUGUCAUGGCUACGGUCCAUUCGAUCGAUCUCGACUUCCGGAGAUUCAUCCUAAGCAUGGACCCUGCCGAGCCGACCCGCGCUGGCAUCCAGAAGAAAGCCCCCAAAUCUUCUACUAAAGCCAAGGAUACCCCGACCGAUGAGACUGUUGCCAAUGCUGUUGAUGAGAGCAUCAGCACCAUGUCCGAACUCGCCUUCGGGAGGGUUGUCAAAUGCAAGGUUGUUUCCGUCAAGGCCACCCAGGUCAACGUCCAACUCGCAGAUAAUGUCCAGGGCCGCAUCGACAUGUCCGAGGUUUUCGACAAGCUGGAGGACAUCAAGGACCGGAAGCAGCCCUUGCGAUUCUUCCGACCCAAGGAUGUCAUUUCGGCGCGUAUUCUGGGAAUUCACGACGCUCGCAACCACAAGUUCCUGCCCAUCAGUCACCGUACGGGGAAGUUCCCCGUUUUCGAGCUUUCCAUCAAGCCAAGCUUCCUGAAGGCCGCCAAUCCUAAAAUGCUCAACCUGGAGGAGGUACCUGUGGGCUCGUCCCAGCUGGGUUUCAUCAAUAACAUCGCCGAUGACUGCUUCUGGGUCAAUCUGUCGCCGAACGUUCGGGGCAGGCUGCGCUUCAUGGAUGCAUCCGACGACUUGUCGCUGUUGACUAACAUCGAAAAGCAUUUCCCUAUUGGAUCUGCUUUGAAGGUCAACGUCAUCUCCGUUGACACUGCUCAUGGUCGACUUGAUUUCUCGGCCAAGCAUCGCUCGGAUAAACUUACGUUUGCCGAUAUCGCUCCGGGCAUGGUGCUGGCUGGCAGAGUUACGAAAGUCACUGAGCGUCAACUCAUCAUGCAACUUUCCGAGUCGAUUGUCGGUGCAGUCGAUCUCAUCGACCUGGCGGACGACUACAGCAAGGCCAACCCGACGAUCUAUCAGAAGAAUGAGGUUCUGCGUGCGUGCGUCAUCAGCGUUGAUAAGUCCAACAAGAAGAUCUCUCUUUCCCUUCGGCCAUCUAAGGUUCUGAGCUCGUCGCUUUCCGUGCAAGAUAAAGAAAUCACAUCGAUCAAGCAGCUCAAGGUAAACGACGUCGUUCGCGGAUUCGUGCGGAGAGUUGCCGAUAACGGUCUCUUCGUUACCGUGGGCCACGGCGUUACCGCUUACGUUCGUGUCUCUGACCUUUCGGACUCCUACCUCAAGGAAUGGAAGGACUCUUUCCAGGCUGAUCAGCUGGUGAAGGGCCGCGUCACUGUUGCCAACGCCGAGCAAGGAAAACUGCAGAUGAGCCUUAAGGAGUCCGUCUUGGAUCCCAACUACAAGGCUCCUGUUACUCUCCAUGACCUCAAGCCUGGUCAGAUCGUCACCGGCAAGGUCCGCAAGGUGGAAGAGUUCGGUGCGUUCAUUGUCGUCGACCGCUCUGCGAACAUCAGCGGUCUUUGCCAUCGUACCGAGAUGGCUGAAAACCGUGUUGAUGAUGCCCGGACCGUGUACGAGGAGGGCGAUGCCGUUAAGGCCAAGAUUCUCAAGAUCGAUCGUGCUCAAGGAAAGAUCUCUUUCGGACUCAAGGCUGCUUACUUCGAGGAUGAGGACAGCGAUGCCAGUGAGUCUGAGGGCUCGGGUGGUGUCGACAUCGAUGACAGUGAGGUUGAUGACGAUGAUGAAGAUGACGAUGAUGAGGAGGAGGAUAGCGACAUCGCUAUGGGAGGAAUCGAGCUCGAAAGCGAGAGCGAGAGCGGCGACGAAGCGAGCGACGAUGAAGAGAUGGCCACUGCUCCCCGAACCCGCGAAGGCGGGCUCGGUGACAGCGGAUUCGACUGGAACGGGGACAUCAACGGCAACGACGAUGAAGCCGCCCGGUCCGAUUCCGAUGACGAGGAGUCGCGCAAGAAGCGCAAGAAGCACCGCAAGCCCGAAAUCCAAGUCGACCGUACCGGUGAGUUGGACGCCAAUGGGCCGCAGUCCGUCGCGGACUACGAGCGACUCUUGCUUGGAGAGCCUGACUCUUCCCUCCUCUGGCUUCAGUACAUGGCCUUCCAGCUGGAGCUGGGUGAGGUCGAAAAGGCCAGGGAGAUUGCAGAGCGUGCGCUCCGCACCAUUGCCAUCGGGCAGGAUGUCGAGAAGCUGAAUAUCUGGGUGGCGUUGCUCAACCUGGAGAACACGUACGGCAAUGACGACUCCUUGGAGGAGAUCUUCAAGCGCGCCUGUCAAUACAACGACACCCAGGAGGUCUACGAGCGGAUGCUCAGUAUCUACAUUCAAUCUGGGAAGAACAAGAACGCGAACGAUCUCUUCUACGCCGCCAUGAAGAAGAAGAUCUUCAACUCGACCAAGUUCUUCAUCAACUACGCCACCUUCCUGUUCGACAACAUGGCGGCGCCCGACCGUGCCCGUGCUCUCCUGCCCCGCGCUCUCCAGUCCAUGCCCAAGCACACCCACGUGGAACUGACCUCCAAGUUCGGCCAGCUGGAGUUCCGCUCGGAGCACGGAGACGUCGAACGCGGCCGCACCGUGUUCGAAGGACUCCUCUCGUCCUUCCCCAAGCGCCUCGAUCUCUGGAACGUCCUUCUCGACCUGGAAAUCAAGGCCGGCGACGCGGAGCAAGUGCGCCGCCUGUUCGAGCGCGUCCUUGGUAUCCGGGACGUCAAGAAGGGCGGUGCCUCCGUGGGAGAGGCCAAGAAAGUCCGGCCCAAGCAGGCGAAGGCCCUCUUCAAGAAGUGGCUCGCUUUCGAGGAGAAGAGUGGCACUGAGAAGACGGUUGAGGCUACCAAGGCCAAGGCUGCGGACUACGUCAAGUCCCUGCAGCAGGAGGAGUAGACUUGGGUCGCUAGAAUUGUUGGGUUUUUAUAGCAAGUUAUUUUUGGGAUAUCGGUAGAGUUACUGUACAUAAAAAGCCAUGGCAG